AUGAUGGAUCGUCGAAGAGAAAGCAGCAUCCGUCGAAGGGAAGCUGAAGCAGGACCCGUUGAAGAGACCGCCGAGCAACAGCUGGAGCGCAUGCAACAAGAGUUCCAGCAGGAAGUUGUGGAUCGACCGGCUUCAGGGGGCUUCGCUGCUGCAGAAUUUCUGAGUGUGGGUGUUGGAAGUGCAGUUGAAGAGGAACGUGGGGGAGAACCUCCUCGAACCGUAGACACAACUGCUGAUGACCUUCGAGGUUCUGGUGAGACGGUUGGUGUUCGAAGGGUGACUGCUCCUGAUAGCACUGCGGGAUCUUCUGGACAUGGUGGUGAAGGGUCGCAAAACCGAGUUGCAGGACCUCCCAGGUCUUUUGCGCCAGCAGUUCUGUCCACUGCAGCAGGUGUUCCUCCGACAGAUGUGUCCUCUCAAGCCUCUUAUGCCUCUGCGGUAUCACAUGGAGUGGCUAGCCUAGGGUUCACACCACCUCCGCCUCCAGGUCCGCCACCUGCUUCGCCAGCUAGGGAUGGUAGUUGUAGCUUCAUGGUUGAUGGUGGGAGUCAACCUCCACCUCCGCCACCACCGCACUACCCACCGGUUCCACCAAUGCCUGGUUUUGAUGGUAGUUCCAAAGGGUCAGGGUUCUUAGGAGAAAACCCAACUGAGAAUCUUCGUACUUGUGAGCUUCCACGGUUGGUUUCCGAUUCCACGCCUUUACAAUUUGGUGAUUGGUGGAACAUGAUCGAUAGCCAUAUGGGUGACCUGUCGUAUUCCUCAAAUGUGUGGUGGAGUAUGGUUAAGGGUUCUGUUGAACGAUGCUACAAAGAAUGGCUAACUUGUGAACCAGUGGCUCGGCUUCGGUUGCGUCCUCAGCUGGAUCCAACGGCUCAGCACUGGCCACGAACUGAGCGACGUGCCUUGGCAAUGUUACUGCAAGCUAUUCCGGAAACUAUUCGGGAUGACGUGGUGGCCUCCAGGAAACUCACGGUUGACCAGGUCUUGUUCAAAUUGUUGAUCACCUUCCAGCCUGGAGGAGCUAGCGAAAAAACUCGGUUGCUUCAAGCCAUCACGGGUGGGGAUUGUGGUAACACGGUUCAUGCUGUAGUUGAUUGGGUCAGGAACUGGCGUAGGAACGUCACCAGAGCCAGCGAAUUGGGUUUGACACUCCCGGAUUCCUUGGUUUUGGUGGGUGCCUUACAGGGUGCUACGGAAUGGCUCAGUCAAAGAUCCCCCCAAUUGGCCUAUCGGUUGAAUUUGGUGAGACAACAAUUGUCCUUGGAUCAACAACCUACUUUUGGGGCUGUUUGGACGUUUGUUGAUCAUCUUCAAGCUGAAGCCGAGGACCUCCUGAAUGCUACAGGUACUGUUGCCAUGAAUCCCGCAAAUUCCCAACAAAACUCUAAGGGGACCACCAAUAAAGUGGGUAUCAAGGCUUUGCAACAGGGUGCUCAUGAAGGGUAUGGUAACCCCAAGGGUAACAAUGAUGGUUCAACAGACAGGAAGGGUUCAGUUCCAAAGGGUGUUCAAGCUGUGAAUGCCGAUUCGGUCAAGUCCACCAAUCCUUGCAAGUUUUGGGGCACUGAUGGGGGUUGUCGUAGAGCUGACAAGUGUAAGUUUGUUCACACUGUGCUGACCAGUAAAGAGAACCGAUGUUUUGGUUGUUCGGGUACGGGUCACGCAAAAAGGGAUUGCCCUCACAUGCAACCAAAGGAAUCCAAAAAGGUAGCCAAGUCGAAGGUUAAGGGAAGUCCUGACAAGCCUUCUGAAGCUGCUUCUGUUGGGGGGAGUGAAACGGUUGAAGGAAGUGUGAAGGUAGGUGAGAGUAGCUCUUCCUCGGCUCCGGCCGACGACCAAAAGAAAGGCUCCUCAACCCCUCCGGGGGACAGUACUGGAGGAAGUCAGUUGGAUGCCUUGUUGAGUGAAGCUGCGCUGCUGAUGAAGUCACUGAGACCUAGUUUGAAAAUGGUUUCUCUCAAGAAAAUGGAACAUGGUGAACUGGCGACCGGGCUCCUGGAUGGAGGUGCAACAAACGCUCUCAGGGUUGGGUCACCACAGGAACUUCGAAAUGCCAUUCCUGUCCAGGUGGAGUUGGCCGCUGGUUCCAUUGAGCUUUACCAGGACGUGCAAACGGGCACGUUGUUGUCCCACCAACAUGUGGAGCCGAUUGUCCCUGUCCGGGGACUGAUCUCUUUAGGAUACCGGGUGAAAUGGGACAGCCAAGGAUGUGUGAUUCUGCAUCCGCAGCGAGGUCGAUAUGAGGACCGGUUUGGGUUGCCUGGCCUGUCAGCUGCAGAUCAGCUCAAGGCUGACAGGGAUGCUGCUUUGGUUCUCAAGCAACAGGGUCUUUUGUGGAUUGCUGAGGAACACCGUGCCUUGGAUUCGCCACCGGUGGGGUACUUAAUGGAAUCCCCCGAAGAUCCUAAGGUUGUGUUUGGAGAAGAGGAUGCCCCAUCAUUCUGGAGUUGGCCCGAGGUGAUCAGUUUCGCCGAACGAUUCGGUUUGGGUACGGCUUCAGGUACUCAAGGUGCUGAUGACAAGGGUCAAAAGGGUGAGGGUAUCCCCACCGAGCCACCAAAUUCGGAAAGUCCCGAUGGUCCACCAGUUGAUGACUGGGGGGAAGGUCUGGACGAAACUGUGUUUCCACUUGAGCCUCCAGGGGACAUGGAUGCGGACAAACCUGAGAAGCCUGAGAGUGAUCCUGUUAUUCCAAAGCCACCCUCCGGGGAACGGCCGGAUCUUGGUGUCGAGUCGGAUAUGUCUCAACUUGUGGAUGCAUGUUCCGCCUCUCUGCAGGUACAACAGGUGACAAUCAUUCACCCCAUGGAAUCCCGUCAUGCUAGUCAAGUCGUGCAUGGUUUGAACACGGUUUUGACUCGGUUCAAAUAUAUGGGUGUUCAUGUGGUUCGUGUACACAGUGACCGUGCCAAAGAAUUCCUUUCGCAUACUAUCCAAAAAUGGAUAGCUGCUCAGGGUAUUGUCCAAACUAUGACCAGUGGAGAUGACCCAGCUGCCAAUGGUCGGGCCGAAAGUGAAGUUCACCAGGUAAAGCGUAGGAUUCGGUUUUUGUUGAGCCAGUCUGGUGAACCCUUGUCCCAUUGGCCGGUGGCCGCUCGGUAUGCUGCUGAACAGAGAAUGCGGGUCCAACUCUCAAAGUUGGGUUGCAACGUGUUGCCGAUGCUGCCGUUUUUCUCCCAAGUGGCUGUGAAACGUAAACGGUGGCACCAACCUGGUGCAUUAGCUCCACCUUUUGUCAGUGCUCGCCUCCUUUGUGCCAGUCACUUGAUGUCUUCGGGAUGGGUGGUCAGAACAGACCAAGGUCAAGUCAUGCAUGUGAGAGAAGCUGUCUUGCCCUCUCCUCUUGGAGACGAAGUGGCAUUACAGCUCCAGGAACAACCAAGGGGGGAGCUGGUUAUGAGUGAAGAACCUCACCCUGCAAAACCACGCAUGAGGGUUUACGGUAAACAACCACCCGAAGGUCAGGUUAGGUUUUCCGUUCCUCGUUCCUUGGAUGCUCCAAAAGAUGGAGCUGCCAGUGUCUUGGGUCCUCCGCUUCGAGGCAGUGCCUUGGAUGCUCCGUUGGGGGGAGCGGCUUCAUCUUCGUGUGCCUUGGAUGCUCCUGCUGGGGCUGUCGGUGACUUGGAUGGUGACUCAGAUGGGUACUCGCAAAGCACCUUGGAUGAUGCUGACGUCGGUGCCUUGGAUCCGGAAGAGCCUUCCGGGGGGGAGCCUCUUGGUGGAAGUGGUCCAAGUAUUUCAAAAAUGGUUGAACAAUCAGUAGUGCGUAGGGUGAAAACAGGGUUUCUCAAGGAUGUGUUGGAGGAGAACCACCAACAAGUGUUGAGCCAAAUGGAUGAACUAUUGAACCAAGUUCCUAUGGGUGAACAAGAGGGCGAGACUUACGGGAGUUCAUUGGCCAAUCUUCAACAAGAAAGAGAAAACCUUGAACACGCCCUAACCGAACUUGAACAACUUGAAAAACGAAACCUGGUCAAACUUUGUAGUACUCAGGUCACUGUGAGCUUGCCCAGUAAUGUGCACCUUGGGGAGAAUGGUGAGGUGUUACAAACUGUGGUAGUAUCUCUGGACGAAGUCAAGAAGGAUAUUAAGUCAUGGGUCCCCGCUAUGUUGAGUGAAUACCGUAGUUUAACCGAGGAAACCCAAGCCAUCGAAAAGGUUAAUGUGAACCAAUUGGAUGAUUCGGCUGUGGAUCCUACCGAACGUUGGCGGGUGCGGAAAGCACUGUACGGUUUUCAGAGCUCUCCAGCUCGAUGGGCUGGGCACAGGGAUGGAACGCUCAAGGGUUUCCUCCAACGACUUAGUCAAGAAUGGACUACGUCAAAACCAGAACAUGUCUCUGAAGGUGAAUGGACACGUUUUGCCGGUUUUGAGUUGCGGUGGAGAGGUGACAGUCUCCGGAUUGCUCAACCCUCCUACACGAAGGAGUUGUUGGAAAGGUAUGAGGUGAAGCAUGGCCGCUGGGCCCCCAUGCCGAAAAUGGAACCACCAACUGAAAAUGAGGACAUGGAUGCCCGCACCAUCAAACGAGCCCAGGGUCUGACAGGUGAACUGUUAUGGCUGGUGGUCAGGACCCGACCUGACCUAGCUUUCGCAGAGAAGCUCAAUGAACCCAACCCUACAUGGCGUAUCCACCACCAAAGAGGGUCUGACCUUUGUGCGGAUUUCUUAACCAAAGCGGUUACUCCACGUCCCUCAUGGAUUUGGUUUUGGAAAGUCAUGUCCAUGGAGCCUGCCCCUACUGAGGUACCAACUGUUGCCACCUUGUCCACUAAGGAAACUAAGGCGCUCAGGUCGUUGCAGAUCGCUCGUGCUGGAGCUCUGGCGGCAGUGUUUGGGGAACUAUGUGGUCAACAAUGGCCGCCGCAGCUGAGCACCCUCUGGCAUGCGCUGCUACUGGUCGCAAUCGCUUUCUUGACACACUUUGCCGCGGGCGGCGCUGCAGUGGGUGAUUUCGGCGAGGUGGUGUGUACAAAGCCGAGUGAGUGUACAGAAUCGAGUGUAGGUGCAAAGCCGAAUUCUUGGACAAAGGCUGGUGUAAGCCGAGAUGUGUACAGCAAGGUCCAAGCACUAACGUGUGCCUUGACCAGUACGGCCUGUGCUAGUAAACAGGGCCCUGUACAGAGCCAAGAACCUGUUUGUGAACAGUUUGGGAGGUGGGAGGAAGAAACCAAAAGAGCCACUGGCCAACAAGAAAAUCAAAAGAAAAAUCAAAAUGAGAGACAAGCAAAGGGGCUGAGGGCCAAAGAAAGGAAAUCCAGUCCCGUGGGUCAUAACAUGGUGUGUGUGGGUGGUCUCCCUCAAGAGUGUUUUGGGAAAGGACCAGAACCCACCGUUUUUGGGGAAGGGAUGAGUUUUUGUCAGCGUGGGCCAACCUAUUGUUUUGGGGAAACCACCAAGGGUUUCGGAGAAGGGGAGGAAUCGUCUGGAGUUGGUGUUGGAAAUGAGAGUGACCGCUGUCACCCUGUCAACCACUGCCCAACGGGCUGCCCGGGCGCGUCUCUUUUGCCGAUGCCAUGUCUGAAAGCGCUGAGGAUACCAACCUUUGCUCCUAGCGGUGCUGCUGACUUCACCGAGAUGGAGAAUUUCCCAGCGUUCCAAACCGCACCUAGCGGCAGCAAGGACCGGUGGAGAAGAGCAGAGUGGGGGAGCAAGAUGUUGCUUGUCCGUGAGCAUCCCACUGUGCGGGUCAACAAGUUCCACCCCUUGCACAAGACCAACCCGGUGGAUACCACUUGCUUGGGCGAUGCUCGUUGCACCAUUGCCUUUGAUGUGGAAACUGGUGAGAAAAUGGUGUGGAAAGAUGAUUGGAAGUGCCGUCCGGAAAGGGGCACCUCCCGUUGGAUGGGCUUCACCAUCUUUGUGAUGAAUGAGGACGAGGCCGCUAACCCAGGCUACAUGGCCACCCAAUUGCUGACCAGGGAGUCCAAGCCAUCGUUUCGACUGAGGAUGAUGGAAGCAGCGGCUGCAGCCUCUUCAAAAGUAGCUGCCUCAGGAUCCGCUGCUGUCGAGGUGGAAGCGAUGACUGGGAAGGCACUUCCUCUGCCUCUUCAAGAUGUUGGAGGUGGCGUGAGGAAGGCACCUCCUCCUCCAUGGAUUGGUGCUGCAGUCGAUGUGGAACGAGGAGCAGCAAUGUCGGCGAUGAUGCCGCCACCAGUCCCAAUGGUGGUCAACUACGGAUACCUUGAUAUGGGACGCCGUGAUGCUGGUUUCCCUCUGCAGCAGCCGCUGCAAUGGGAUGUGAUGGCCAAUGUUGGGCGUCAGCAGCUGGUGGACGGAAGUAGUGAAUGCUACCCUGAUGAGCUGCGACCUCCUCGAGAUUUGUGUCUGCUUGGGGCUAUGCCGACCUCGAGACCUAUGAUGCCUUCAUCCCAAGGAAUGCAUGGGUUGGACGGAUCUAUGGGACCACCUUCUGUCCAUUCUGGAACUAUGGUGCAGGGCCAGAUCGGUUCUCCAGCACCUUCGGAUGGGCCUGUGGUGGUGCAGCGCCAACCACCUGCUGCAAUUGCCCGUGGACAAGCUGCUAUGGCGUCGACUCCGAAGACGUUUUCGCCGUGCACUACUGAGUGGCCGAGGCAGCAGUAA